CUGUGGAGUUCAGGCAGCCAGAGGGGCUUCACGGUCAGUCCCCGGGGCCAGGUGGACACUUGGGGGCCACGGACACAGGUCCUCCAUCCAUGCCCGCCCCCUGGAGCCUGCCCCGUUGGAGAGCUUAUGUGGCCGCUGCCGUGCUCUGCUACAUCAACCUCCUGAACUACAUGAACUGGUUCAUCAUUGCAGGAGUGCUGCUGGACGUACAGAAGUUUUUCCAUAUCAGUGACAGCAACGCUGGUUUGCUUCAGACAGUCUUCAUCAGCUUCCUGCUGCUGUCUGCACCCGUGUUUGGCUACCUGGGCGACCGACACAGCCGCAAGGCCACGCUGAGCUUCGGUAUCCUGCUCUGGUCUGGAGCCGGCCUCUCCAGCUCCUUCAUCUCCCCCCGGUACUCCUGGCUCUUCUUCUUGUCCCGGGGGCUGGUGGGGACUGGCACAGCCAGCUACUCCACCAUCGCUCCCACUGUCCUGGGAGACCUCUUCGUGAGGGACCAGCGGACCCGUGUGCUGGCCGUAUUCUACAUCUUUAUCCCUGUUGGAAGUGGUCUGGGCUACGUGCUGGGGUCGGCUGUGACAGAGCUGACUGGGAACUGGCGUUGGGCCCUCCGAAUCAUGCCCUGCCUGGAAGCUGUGGCCUUGAUCCUGCUUAUCAUGCUGGUUCCAGACCCACCCCGAGGAGCUGCUGAGAAGCAGGGGGUCGCAACCAUGGGGGACCCACGGAGCAGCUGGUGUGAGGACGUCAGAUACCUGUGGAGAAACUGGAGUUUUGUGUGGUCGACGCUUGGGGUGACAGCCAUGGCCUUUGUGACUGGAGCUCUGGGCUUCUGGGCCCCCAAGUUUCUGUUCGAGGCCCGUGUGGUGCACGGGCUGCUCCUUCCCUGCUUUCGGGAGCCGUGCAACAGCCAGGACAGCCUGAUUUUCGGGGCACUGACUGUUGUCACUGGCAUUAUUGGGGUUAUCCUGGGAGCAGAGACUUCAAGGAGGUACAAGAAAGUCAACCCUCAGGCUGAGCCCCUCAUCUGUGCUGCCAGCUUGCUUGCUGCAGCCCCCUGCCUCUACCUGGCUCUCAUCCUGGCCCCGACCACCCUCCUGGCCUCCUAUGUGUUCCUGGCCCUUGGGGAGCUUCUCCUGUCCUGCAACUGGGCUGUGGUUGCCGACAUUCUGCUGUCGGUGGUGGUGCCCAGGUGCCGGGGGACAGCUGAGGCGCUUCAGAUCACAGUGGGCCACAUCCUGGGAGAUGCCGGCAGCCCCUACCUCACGGGACUUAUCUCCAGUGCCCUGCGGGCGGGGCGCCCCGACACUUACCUGCAGCGCUUCCUCAGCCUUCAGCAGAGCUUCCUGUGCUGCGCCUUCGUCAUUGCCCUGGGCGGCGGCUGCUUCCUGCUGACUGCGCUGUACCUGGAGAGAGACCAGGCCCAGGUCCAGCAGUCUGGCACAGGUACCCGGCUCCUUUGCACCGAUGCCGGGCUCAGGGCUGACCCUACAGGAGCAAAGAGCACUGGCCACCCCCUGAAUUUAUUAAUUUAUCCAUUCAUUCAUUUGUUGAUUCAUCCACACGUAAUUAUUACGCCCCUGCUAUGUGCCAGGCAAGAUUGCAGAUCCUGGGGAGUAAACAUAAAGUCCAAGCCCACGUGAAGAGAAACAAACAAGAAACAAACAAAAGCAAUAAAUGACAGUAUGUUUGAGGUCAUAAGUGCUAUGAGAGGCAUAAGGCAGGAAAGUGGGGAGAGAGGAACAGGUGGGGGCAGGUUGCAGUUUUUGAAAGGGUGGUCAGAGAGGUCCUCACUGCACAGGUGACCUUGGAGCAAAGAUUUGGAGGAGGGACCGAGUUGUGCAGCUGUCUGGGGACCAGUGCUCCUGGUGGAGGGAAGAGCUUGUGCAAA